UGCAGUCUUGCCGAGCGGAUCUGCCACAGCUGUUUCCGCAGACAAGACAAACUGCAGCGAUGCGGACAGUGUAAGUUCUCUCACUACUGUGACCGCACCUGCCAGCGGGCCGGCUGGGCCGAACACAAGCAAGAAUGCGCCGCCAUCAAAAACUACGGCAAGGCGCCCAACGAGAACAUUCGCUUGGUGGCUCGCAUCAUGUGGCGCCUGGACAAGGACGGCGGCGUGGUGUCAGACACACAGCUGACCACGCUGGACCAGCUGGAGGACCACAUCGAAGACAUGGCAGAGGACGAGCUGAAGGAGUUCAAAGUGGACAUCCACAAUUUCCUGGACUACUGGCCUCGCAACAGCAAGCAGCACACCAGUGAUGUCAUCUCGCACAUCUUUGGACUGAUUAAUUGCAACGGCUUCACUGUGAGCGACCAGCGGGGGCUCCAGGCCGUGGGGGUGGGCCUUUUCCCUAAUCUCUGCCUGGUCAAUCACGACUGCUGGCCCAACUGCACCGUCAUCCUCAACCACGGCAAGUAA